GGAAUCAAUAUUGUCAAUUGGAGAGGCUUGGAGCUGCUUCGGCAUCCAGUAGAGCAAACAAGAAGGUCAAAUUGGAAACAUAAUUUAAUCCUUGGACGGACUUCUCAUCUUGCAAUGGAAGCCAAGUUCUUUCGGUUUCUGAAGCUUGUUGGAGUUGGGUUUAAAGCAAGGACAGAGCGUGAAGGCCGCGAGUUGUUUCUGAAACUGGGCUACAGCCAUGAGGUGCAGUUCACCGCUCCACCUGCUGUUCGCGUCUUCUGCUUCAAACCCAACAUAAUAUGCUGUACCGGCAUUGACAAGCAUAGAGUGCACCAUUUUGCCGGAGCUGUCCGAUGCAGCAAACCUCCUGAAGUGUACAAGGGGAAGGGCAUACUGUAUAUCGAUGAGGUCAUAAAGCUGAAGCCAGGGAAGAAGCAGCAGAAGAAGUAACACACGGGUAAACCUCCCCAUUUGACUUCCAGCAUAUUAAGAUGUGCGUCACAUUUGUGGUGCCGUGGAUUUCAUUUGGUUUUCUCGUGUCGGAUUAUGGCUAGCCCCAGUACCAUGCUGGACUUCGUAAUAAUACUCCGUAUGCUAUGUGAAUCAUCUGGUGAGCAUGUGCUGUAUGACUUGCAUACCGUGGGGGCGGAUCAGCACAUUCAAACAUUUGUGUUUUUGUUUUGGGCCGGCUAGAUGCAUGUAACCUACUUUCAAUAGCCCAAUGUGUUUGUUAAUGUCAUCUUUUCUCUACACAAUAUUAGCUCGUUGCUUUGUUACAA